GGUUAUUCCUGGUUGGUUGCCUUCCAGAGGUAUCAUGCUUGGGCAGCAACUUGAUUUCAAGCUGCCACAGUUCCGAGAGCUUUAAAUGAGGCACCGUAUGAAGCCCUGGUGGCAGUCCACAGCAGGUCUGGCUAAACGGGUGAGGGCACGACCCAGCCAUGCCCACCGUGGAUGAUGUCCUGGAGCAGGUUGGGGAGUUUGGCUGGUUCCAGAAACAAGCCUUCCUGUUGCUAUGCCUGAUCUCAGCUUCUUUAGCUCCCAUCUACGUGGGCAUCGUCUUCCUGGGCUUCACCCCUGAGCACCGCUGCUGGAGUCCCGGGGUGGCCGAGCUGAGCCAGCGAUGUGGCUGGAGUCUGGCAGAGGAGCUCAACUACACAGUGCCGGGCCUGGGGUCUGCGGACGACGCCUCCUUCCUCAGCCAGUGCAUGCAGUAUGAGGUGGACUGGAACCAGAGCACCCUUGACUGUGUGGACCCCCUGUCCAGCCUGACUGCCAACAGGAGCCGCUUGCUUCUGAGCCCCUGCCAGCAUGGCUGGGUGUACGACACUCCUGGCUCCUCCAUCGUCACUGAGUUUAACCUGGUGUGUGGAGACGCCUGGAAAGUGGACCUUUUUCAGUCCUGUGUGAACCUGGGCUUCUUCGCGGGCUCCCUGGUGGUGGGUUACAUUGCAGACAGGUUUGGCCGUAAGCUGAGCCUCUUGCUGACCACUCUGAUUACCUCCCUGUCAGGCGUGCUGACAGCUGUGGUCCAAGACUAUAUCUCCAUGCUGCUCUUUCGCCUGCUGCAGGGCAUGGUCAGCAAGGGCAGCUGGGUGUCCGGCUACACCUUGAUCACAGAGUUUGUCGGCUCUGGCUACAGAAGAACCACGGCAAUCCUGUACCAGGUGGCCUUCACAGUGGGGCUAGUGGGGCUCGCCGGGGUGGCCUACGUCAUUCCGAACUGGCGCUGGCUUCAGCUGGCAGUCUCCCUGCCUACCUUCCUCUUCUUGCUGUAUUACUGGUUUGUCCCAGAAUCCCCGAGAUGGCUGUUGUCCCAGAAGAAAACCACCCAAGCAGUAAGGAUAAUGGAGCACAUUGCUGAGAAGAAUGGGAAGUUGCCUCCCGCUGACCUGAAGAUGCUCUGCGUUGAGGAAGAUGUCUCGGAAAAGCUGAGUCCUUCAUUCGCCGACCUGUUUCGCACUCCCAACCUGAGGAAGCACACCCUCAUCCUGAUGUAUCUAUGGUUCUCUUGUGCUGUGCUGUAUCAGGGCCUCAUUAUGCACAUGGGGGCCACAGGUGACAACAUCUACCUGGACUUCUUUUUUUCUUCUCUGAUGGAGUUCCCCUCGGCCAUCAUCAUCCUUGUCACCAUUGACCGCAUCGGUCGCAUCUACCCAGUAGCGGUAUCAUACCUGGUGACAGGGGCAGCCUGCCUCCUUAUGAUCUUUAUCCCACACGAGCUGCACUGGCUGAAUGUCACCCUGGCUUGUCUUGGCCGUAUGGGAGCAACCAUCGUGUUGCAGAUGGUCUGCCUGGUGAAUGCUGAGCUGUAUCCUACAUUCAUCAGGAAUCUUGGGAUGAUGGUAUGCUCUGCCCUGAGUGACCUGGCUGGAAUCUUCACGCCUUUCAUGGUGUACAGGCUGAUGGAAGUUUGGCAGGCCUCGCCCCUCAUAUUGUUUGGGGUUUUGGGCCUCACUGCUGGGGCCAUGACUCUUCUUCUUCCAGAAACCAAGGGUGUGGCUUUGCCUGAGACUAUUGAAGAAGCGGAGAACCUUGGGAAGAGGAAAUCAAAGGCCAAAGAAAACACGAUUUACCUUCAGGUUCAAACAGACAAACCUCCAGGUAACUGACUGGGACGCUGUGCCAGGAGCUGAGUGGCAGAGAGGAAGCAAGACUCACCAUUUGGAGGAUUCCCAGAAGCCUUCACCUUCCCGUACUCGUCUAUGUAUUCACCAGGUUCCAAAUGAAUUAUCAACCCUAAAGGGUUUUCUGAAAGCA